UGUAUCAUAACAUCAUUAUCAUAUUGCUAUAUGUAUCAUGUUUAUCAUCAGUUGACUUUAGAAACAGUUAAACAUGGAUUUCUUUGGGAUCGCAACAAUUCCAGGAUGGCUUGUCACGAUCCUAUUAUUCUUCAUGACAAUGUGUUUGUACUCUUUAUACUGCCAAACAUUUUUCUGGAGACUUGGUAUUCCUGGGCCUAGGCCAACUUUAUUCUUGGGCAAUUUUAUGCAAUAUAUGAAAAAGGGUGUGUUACAAGCAGACAUUGAAAAUGUGCAGAAACACGGAAAGUUUUUUGGGCAGUAUUUUGCAAAUUUGUCUGCAUUAAUGGUCUCUGAUGUUGAUAUCAUAAAACAAAUUUGUAUUAAAGAUUUCUCAAAAUUUCCAAACAGGCUGGCUAAAGGUAAUAACAAUGAUCCCUACCUAAAGGAUGCCGUGUCAAUUGCACGUGACGAACACUGGAAGUUUUUGAGAUCAUCAAUUUCUCCUACCUUUUCUUCCGGAAAAAUGAGACAGAUGGUGCCAUUGCUUCAGAAAUGUGUUAAUGACAUGGUUGAAAAAAUGAAGAAAGAUACAGAAAACGGAGAAGUAGUCGAUGUGUGCAAGUACUGUGGUUCGUUUUCAAUGGAUGUAAUAGCCAGUACAGCUUUCGGUAUGGAUGUAGACGCCCAAAACGAUCCAGAUAAUGCAUUUAUCAAGAAUGCGAAAAAAGCCUUUUCAUCUGGGUUCAAAAAUCCAAUGGUACUGCUUAUCAUAUUUUUCCCGUUUACAAGAAGAUUGCUUCCAUACUUAAAAUUAUCAACAUUGAGCAAAGAAAUGGCGAGUUUUUUUAACUCUGCUGUCAACACUGUUAUCGAAGAAAGAAAGUCGGAAAGCACGAAAAGACAAGACUUAUUAGGACUAAUGUUAAACGCACAUACAGACAAAGAAAAAAGUGAGGAAAAUAUAGAAUUGUCAUCUACAACUCUGAAGGAUUUCAAGAAAAGACCCCUUACAAACAACGAAAUAUUAGCAAAUAGCCUUAUAUUCUUUUUGGCUGGAUAUGAGACUACUGCGAAUGUUCUAUCCUUUGUCCUGUAUUGCUUAGCUCUAUACCCAGAUUAUGCUGACAAGGUUCGAUAUGAAGUUACUGAUAACAUUGGAAAGGAAAAACCAACAUAUGACAACGUCUCAAAGCUUCAGUAUUUAGAUAUGUUUGUGAGUGAGGUCCUUCGACUUUAUGGUUCGGCUGCAAGGUUUAAUCGAAUAACAGAAGAAGAUGUAGAAAUUGGUGGAUAUAAAAUACCCAAGGGAACUGAUAUACAAUUUCCAGUUUGUGCCAUUCACAGAGAUCCCGAGUUAUGGCCUGAACCAGAGGUUUUUGAUCCAGAAAGGUUCACACCCGAAAACAAGGAGAAACGUCACCCAUAUGCGUGGUUACCAUUUGGUGUUGGUCCUCGUAAUUGUGUUGGUAUGAGACUAGCACUUACAGAAAUUAAAAUGGCUGCUGUUACCAUAGUACAAAAUUUUACCGUUGUAAGAUGUGAUGAAACUGAGGUCCCAAUCACAUUUCACAAAGGUGGAUUUAUCAAAGCACAGAAUGGUAUUAAACUGAAAUUGGAGAAGAGAUAGAUUGGUAUUUGUAAAUGGUAACAGUGUGUUGAAGAAGAGUUAGACUGACAUUUGUAGAUGGUUAUAGUGUUAUAUAUAUAUAUCUAAUGUCUCAAUUAUACCGUAGAACUUUUACAUACUUUUAUCGUAUCGCUUGUGAUAACUGAAGUCUUUAAAAUCAAUAAAGCCAACUUACAAAUUGUAGUAUUUAUGUAGUAAGUAUUAAGAAGUAAUGCUCCAAAUAACAAUGAUAUACAAAAACAGAAUCCCUUUUAACCAGUAAAAACAGUUAAAACAGUUUAAGAACAAAAAAAGUUAACGCAAAUCGCUUAUGGUAUGUUUAAAACUACAUCUGAUAGGUUGAUAUAACCACGCAAAUUGAGAUGGUUCAAUUCUCCAUCGGGCUGCUUUAAGAUGUUAUCAUUCUUUUUUUUUUUUGCUUUAGAAAGAAUUCAAUUCUAACAUUGUUUUGUAUAAUUUAUGAAUUUUAGUCUUCAGAUAAUCUCAUGCUUUAAGAAUAAGAGUAACAAUAGUUCUUCACAAUAUAAGAUGAUGUGAAGGUUACACCGUAUACGUAAGGACGAGAUAAACAAAAGUUAUAAUAGUGUAUACAAGGGAACUCAAAACUCAUCAUAGAACAGCAUAUUAUAUUGUUAUCAAACCACGAAUCGUUGUCCCCGUUUUACAAGGGAAAAAUAUUGGAAUUUGAAAUAGAUGGGGGGAUCUUAAUUAAAAUUGAUAGAAUUUUUUGAUGAUUUGUUAUAAUGUUGUUCAUAUCAUGCUUUUUUCAAAAACACAAUUUAAAAUAUGGGUCACUGAGAUUUUUUUUUGAGCUACAGGUUGUGUAAACUGUCAGAUUUUGUAUAAAUUAUAAAUGCAAAACACAAUUUUAUAAACGGAAAAUUUUAGAAUAAAAUAUGAUGAGAAGAUAACUCUUAUAAUUUGCUUUCAUUAGAUAAAAGAAAAAAAAGAAACUAAUUGCUCUUAUUAUGCCAUCUCCUUUGAAAAUUUAAACGAAUUUAAAUAUAGAAUCCUUAAAAUUCUGGCAUCUUGGUAAGGUAUAUUUAUACAAUAUGCUUUAAAUAUAUGGCUCGUUCAGGGAAAGUCUGCUUCAAUCUCAUUGGCCGUUAUGUGACUUAAUAUCGCGGUCAAUGGUAUAUACAUGAUGUAAAAACUACUUAAACAAGAGGCAACAUUUGCUUACCGAUGUUCAAAAUUCGUAUCUAUUUUGAAUGCAAAAAAGAAAAAAAAAAUUGUAAAAAAAGGAAUUGUAUGAAUUCUAUACAGAGCAUGCAUAAAUCACCCGCCACGCGAAUCCACCCAUCAAGUAAUAAACUGUUAUCAUAGA